AUGACUGAAGCAAUCCAAGCCAUGAAUGCUAUGGCCGCAGCAAUGGCCCAACAAGCUGCGAUCCAGGCUCAACGAGAUGCACAGAGGGAUCAGAGGGAUGAAGCAACCAGUGUAGCAAGAGCAUUGAAUGAAUUUCGUCGACAAGAUCCGCCUAAAUUCAAAGCGGAACAUGACCCCAACAAGGCUGAUCUUUGGCUGCUAGAAAUCGAGAAGAUCUUCGAGAUCCUACACUGCCCUGACAAUGCGAAAGUAGAGUAUGCGACCUAUUUGAUGAUUGGCGAAGCUGAAUAUUGGUGGCGAGGUGCGAAGAAAAUGAUGGAGGCAAAUCAUGAAGAGCUAACCUGGGAGGCUUUCAAGAAUAAGUUCCUAGAAAAAUACUUCCCGAAAAGUGCUAGGGCUGAGAAUGAGGCCCAAAUUCUGAAGUUGUAUCAAAGGAAUCUCACGAUAGCAGAUUAUGCGGCAAAGUUCGAGUCCCUAGCAAAGCACUUCCGUUAUUUCCUAAAUCAGAUAGAUGAAGAAUACAUGUGCGAGAGGUUUGAAAGCAGGCUUAGGUAUGAGAUUAAGGAGUUAGUGGGGCCCUUGGAGAUACGCCAAUAUCAAGGGCAUAAAGACCAACAGAAUAGGGGCAGGCAACAUCAACAACACAACCCAUAUGCCCGACCGCUGGGGAAUGCUAGAGAUCAACCUCGACCUCAAAACGCGGAAGGUCAAGGGCCAAAAACUCCAAGUCAGAACAAGGCGUACCCUGUUAAGUGUUUUCUAUGCAACAGAGAAGGACACAAGAUAUUUGAGUGUCCAAUCAGACCAAGGGUUUGUUACAUUUGUCAGAAACCAGACCAUUUUGCAAAUGAACGCCCUGAACGAAAGAACGAUAGAGUUGUCAACCGCAACAAUAUCAACGACAAUGUUGUACGCCCUACUUCCAAGGGACGUGUCUACCACAUCAAUGGAGAGGAAACUCCAUCUUCCUCUAAACUUAUCCAAGGUGAGUGUUUAACUGCUGAAAAAUCACUUAAUGUAAAUUAUGAUUCGAGGGCAACGCACUCAGUCAUUUCAUUGGAUUGGGUGGAUUCGCUCCAACUUAUUGUUAAUACUUUGCUGUUUGAUUUGGUGGUUACCCUACCUUCUACCGAAUCGGUGAAAUGUAAUACGGCUUACUUGCAAUGUCCGUUGAUUGUGUUCGAUAUGAGAUUCAACGUUGAAUUGAUUUGUAUUCCCCUCAAGCUUGUGGGAGUGAUCCUUGGAAUCGAUUGGUUGUCAAGCCAUUAUGUUCUAUUGGAUUGUGCUCGUAAGUCUAUGAUAUUCCCAAACCCAGGUGUUUCUCGAUUCCUCGAUACCAAUAAAUUGAACUUCUCUUUGAAAGGGGGAGUUCAGAAGUGUGUUUCCCUCAACUCAGUCAGUACGAAGCUAGAGGUGGAGGUAGACAGGAUACUUGUGGUCGAAGAUUUUCCAGAAGUAUUUCCGCCGGAUGUACCAGGAUUACCCCUAGUUUGUGAUAUUGAAUUCUCAAUUAAUGUGACUCUGGGUACAAGACCUAUAUCUAUUGCCCCAUAUUGA